AUGUCCACCGAAGGCUCUAGCGACUCGGAGUGGGAUGGCGCUGCCACUCCCAUCACGCCCGUUGUGAUAGACCCGACUGCGGUGACCACGAGCUCACUAAAGGCGCUGCAGAGUGGGGACCAGCGGAAAGUCUUGGAUAUCGUGGACAAGCUUCGACGCACUGGCCUCAGUGGCAUUGUCGAACUUCCGCAAAUCGUUGUCUGUGGUGACCAGAGUUCAGGCAAGAGUUCCGUUCUGGAGGCAAUUACUGAGAUUCCGUUUCCUCGCAAAGAAAACCUCUGCACGCGUUUCGCCACUGAGAUCAUUCUUCGUCGCUCGCCUGCCUCCACUAUCUCGAUCACGAUCACGCCAGACAAGUUACGUCCAAAGCAGGAGCAAGCGAAGCUGAAGGCGUUCAACAGGUCUAUCAAUGACUUCAAACAGCUUCCAGAUAUCAUCGAAGAGGCGACUCAAGCUAUGGGCCUUGGGGUUGUGGGUGGCAUUAAUUCUAAGGCCUUCGCUAGAGACGUGCUGUCCGUCCAGAUCGACGGGCCUGACCGACCUCAACUAACUUUAGUCGAUCUCCCAGGCCUGAUCCACUCUACCAACAAGGCCCAGACCGAAACGGACAAGGAGUUGAUCCUUAACCUGGUCAAGGAGUACAUGUCCAACCCACGCACUAUCAUUCUUGCAGUUGUCUCUGCGAAAAACGACUACGCCAAUCAGAUCAUCCUGAACUAUGCCCGCAAGAUCGACGAGAAUGGCAAACGCACCCUUGGGAUCAUCACUAAGCCCGAUUUCCUUCGUGAGGGUACCGACAAUGAACUGUCCUGGAUCGAGCUUGCCCAGAACAAGGAUAUCUAUCUCGAGCGAGGCUGGCAUAUGCUCAAGAACCGCGGUGACGAUCAAAUGAAGUUCACCUUUGCUCAGCGCAAUGAGGAUGAGGCUUUAUUCUUCAGUAAAGGUCGAUACGUGGAUCUUCCCCGAGAGUAUGUCGGCAUUGACUCACUCCGUGAGCGGCUCAGCAAACUUCUGCUCAACCACCUCAUCAAGGAGCUUCCGUCGCUGAAGGAAGAGAUGAGUACGAAACUCGAGGACACUUCCCAGGAAAUCGUAAAGCUCGGGGAGAAGCGCACUACUAUCGGCGAGCAACGCAUGAUGCUCAUGAAGAUCAGUAUGUCCAUCAACGACAUCCUCAAAUCUGCCGUGAAAGGUUAUUACGAGAACACCUUCUUCGGCGCCAUCCAUAUGGAAGCUGCAGUGGAUGCUAAGGAGAACAUUCGCCGUUUCCGGGCCGUCGUCCAACAUCUCAACAUCAAGUUCGCUGAGGACAUGCGCCUUCGAGGCCACAAGUAUGCUGUUGGCGUGGGUCCGGGUGACGACGACAUCGAGCAAGCGGAAGACAAGAAAGUUCAAGACCAGCUCAAGAAGCUCGCCGAGGAUAUUUCAUUCCUCCCGAAACCGAAGUCACUCACCCGUAAGGAGGCAAUCGGAUGGGUAAAGAAGACCUUGGAGCGUUCGCGUGGCUAUGAGCUGGCCGGCACUUUUCAGCCCAUGCUCAUCAGCCAGCUGUUCUGGGAGCAAUCUCAACCGUGGGAGAAGAUCGCUUAUGAGCACAUCGCCAAUGUUGCCCGCAUCUGCAAGGAGUUCGUGUUCGCUGUGCUGCAGCAUGCAGCACCGGCUGAGUUCCAGCCUCGCCUCACGGGCUUGAGCGUAGAUACCACUCUCGCCAGCUCACUGGCAGCAGCUAAGGAGGAACUGCAGAAGAUCCUUGCAGAUAAGGCCCGUCAUCCCAUGACGUAUAACCACUACUUCACGACUACGAUCCAGAAACAGCGACAGCGAAAGCACCAGAAGAUGACGAAGGAUGCGACCGAGGCGUCUAAGCUCUCAGUCGUUUAUAAUAAUGCCUAUCACACGCACUUCGAUCCCGACAAACUGGAGAAGGCUAUGGCUGACUCGAUCGAGCAAGACAUGGACGUCUUCAGCUCGCAGGAAGCACUCGACAACCAACGCGCUUAUUACAAGGACGAGCUCAAAUACUUCGUCAACGCCGUCUGCAAGGCUGUCGUCGAACGCCAUCUCGUCGAGCCGCUGCCUUCCAUCAUCCUCUCUCCCUUGGUCGUUGCCCAGAUGACGGACAAAGAGAUCGAGUUCGUCGCUGCUGAGCCGCCGGAGAUCACUCAGCAGCGUGCCUUCUUGGAGUCGCGCAAGGCAAUGUUGGAGAAGGGACUUGAUACGUUCAGGGAGGCUAUGGGUGGCUUGAAGCGCUAG